AUGGUUCUUGUUGAAUACUUGGACGACUUUGAAGCAAAUAUCAAAGAAGUCCCAGCUGAAUCAGACCAUAAAAAGAAGCGCAAGGUUAGUAAAUCCAAGGACAAGAAUGCACCCAAGAGAAACUAUCACAGCUAUGUUCACUUUGCCGUAAAAAUGAGCCCUCUUAUCAAAGCCGAGCAUCCUGAACUGAACCAAAAGGAGGUUUACAAGGAGGUUGGCGUAAAGUGGAAUGCUUUGACUGAGGAGGAAAAGCAGCCCUACAUUGACCUGGCCAAUAAGGACAAGGUCCGGUAUUCCCAUGAGAUGGAGGAAUAC